CAAAUCAGUGGCCAUCAUUUACCACUUGAUUCCUGUUCUUACGUACGCGAAACGUGUUUGUCAUUAUAUUUGCAAUAGAGUUUUAUCAAAUUUGAGGUGUUUAACAUAUUUAUUUAUUUUAUAAAUCAAUCAUUGAACGAAGAAAUUACUACUAUUCAAGAAGGGCGUAUUUUUUCGGGUCAAAUCAAUCUCACAUUGAACGAAGAUUCAAGAAGGGCAUAUUUUGUCAGGUCAAAUCAAUCUCAUCAUAUAGUAAACCCUCGGUGACCGAUGCAUUCAGCAUUCAAGAGGAAGCGAAAGUGCCAUCUAGGAAGAUAAUCUAUUUCUUAAUCCAGCCUAAGCGGUUGCUUCUCUUCCCGCAAUUCCUUGACUGAAGAGAUGAAGCCAUUGAAGUUCAAACCGCUAGAAAUCUUCGUAUUUCUGAAUUUGUAUUACGCAUGCGUCGUAGCGGAAGAGAAGAUCCAACAAGCCAAAAGGACUUAUAUAGUUCACAUGGACAAGUCCAACAUGCCAGAAAGUUUCACUGAUCACUCCCUAUGGUAUGACACAUCUUUAAAAUCUGUCUCAGACUCAGCAUCCAUGCUUUACACAUAUGAAAAUGUAGUCCACGGCUACUCCACGAGGCUAACAACCGAGGAAGCUGAAUCACUAGGAAAGCAACCUGGAAUUCUCUCUGUCCUACCUGAAAUGAGUUAUGAACUGCACACAACUCGAACACCAGAGUUCCUUGGAUUAGAAAAGAGCAGUGUUCUCUUCCCCACCUCUGAUUCAAUGGGUGAAGUGAUUGUUGGCAUAUUGGACACUGGAGUUUGGCCCGAGCUGAAAAGUUUUGAUGAUUCAGAUCUUGGGCCAGUACCAUCUGGCUGGAAAGGCCAGUGUAAGGCGGGCAAAAAGUUCAGCUCAUCUAGCUGCAAUAGGAAACUAAUUGGUGCCAGGUUUUUUUCAAAAGGGUAUGAAGCAGCUUUGGGACCUAUUGAUGAAUCCAUGGAAUCAAAGUCCCCGAGAGAUGAUGAUGGACAUGGAACUCAUACGGCAACUACAGCUGCCGGGUCAAUUGUGCCUAAUGCUGAUUUGCUAGGAUAUGCUCCUGGGAAAGCACGUGGGAUGGCUUCACAUGCCCGAGUUGCCAUCUACAAGGUGUGUUGGCUUGGUGGGUGUUUUGGCUCUGAUAUUUUAUCAGCCAUGGACACGGCUGUUGCAGAUGGAGUGGAUGUUAUAUCAAUGUCAAUUGGUGGAAGACUAUCGGAGUACUAUGCUGACACUAUCGCCAUUGGAGCAUUCACAGCAACCGCGCAUGGUAUUUUUGUAUCUUGUUCAGCGGGAAAUGGUGGACCCAUCCCAAGCAGCUUGUCAAAUGUUGCACCAUGGAUAACUACCGUAGGUGCUGGAACAUUGGACCGUGAUUUCCCUGCCCCUAUUACUUUAGGAAAUGAUAAGAUAUACUAUGGCGUGACACUUUAUAACGGAAAGCAGUUAUCUGAUUCCAUGGUGCCACUAGUUUAUGCUGGUAAUGCGAGUAAUUCAAGUAGUGGAAGUCUUUGCAUGGCUGGAAGUUUGAUUCCAAAGAAAGUUUCUGGGAAAAUUGUGUUAUGUGAUCGAGGGGUUAGCGCGAGGGUGCAAAAAGGAGUUGUGGUGAAGGCUGCUGGUGGCGUAGGGAUGAUUUUGGCAAACGACGAUACUUUUGGAGAGCAGAUAAUUGCCGACGCGCAUCUCUUACCCUCUGCAGCUGUUGGGCUGAAGAGUGGGGAUGCAAUCAAGAAAUAUAUAUCUUCUGAUCAUAACCCAACAGCCAUAAUUGGCCCUGGAACCACAAAGUUAGGUGUUCAACCAUCUCCCAUGGUAGCAGCCUUCAGUUCUAGAGGUCCAAAUCCAGUCACUCAAGAAAUACUUAAACCAGACAUUAUUGCACCAGGAGUCAAUAUCCUUGCUGGGUGGACUGGGGAAGUUGGUCCAACUGGAUUAGAAAUUGACCGAAGGCACGUAAACUUCAACAUCAUUUCAGGCACAUCAAUGUCAUGCCCCCAUGUUAGUGGGUUAGCUGCACUUCUCAAGGCUGCACAUCCUGAAUGGAGUCCAGCAGCCAUUAAAUCUGCCCUCAUGACCACAGCCUACACAGCUUGCAAAAAUGGUGAAAAAGUCAAAGAUCUUGCCACUGGAGGACCCGCAACACCAUUUGAUUAUGGUGCCGGGCAUGUGGAUCCAGUUGCAGCCCUUGAUCCUGGCCUUGUAUAUGAUGCCACUGUUGACGACUAUCUUAGUUUUCUUUGUGCCUUGAACUAUACACCAAAUCAAAUUAAGAGCACUACUCACAGAGACUUCACCUGUCAGACAAGCAAAAAGUACAACCUGGGAGAUUUUAAUUAUCCAUCCUUCUCUGUUCCUCUGGAAACUGCCUCAGGCAAAAAGGGUGGUGCUGGCGUCUCAAGCACCAUCAAAUAUACUAGGACUCUCACUAAUGUUGGCGCCCCAGCAACAUACAAAAUUUCUUUGUAUUCACAGACCAGAGCAGUGAAAUUCACGGUUGAGCCAGCAAUACUAAGUUUCAGUGCACAAUAUGAAAAAAAGAGCUACACCGUGACAUUCACAGCUAGGUCUAUGCCAUCUGGUACAACCAGCUUCGCCCGUCUGGAAUGGUCAGAUGGAAAACACAUUGUUGGUAGUCCAAUAGCUUUCAGGUGGACAUAACCAUGACAGAAAUUGGGUUCAUGAUACUAAUAAUGGGACUGCUAAGUGCCCUCAAAGAAAGAGUGAUCCCUCUUACAGUACGAGUGAUCCCUCAUACAGUAUAAUGAAUCCGUCUUGUAUUAUUGAUACUACAGCAACUGUAUAGUCAGAGUCAGCUGUGUUUAUAAAUGUUCUCCAAGAAAAUUAGGGGACAGUAGAUUGAUUGUGUUCUUUUUAGAGAUCAGGACAAAAUGGGGAAUAAUCGUACAGUGACCUAACUCUAUAAGGAA